AUGUCGUCCGAGCUGCAACUUUGGGGAGCUGACAUCUGCGGGGAUUUGGCCGGCGCGGACGCCUUCUCCGGCUUCCAGCGGUGGAUCGGUCCGGUCGACUCCCCCGGUGGCUCGCGGUCGGCGUCACCCACGCCGCCGCCGCCGCCGCCGCCUCCUCCUCCUCCUCCGGCCAAUGACAGCGGUGACGACGCGGCCACCCCGAGGACGUCCAUCGUCGACUGCCUGCUGGUGGAGCUGUACGACACGUACAGCACCAAGAGGAACGUGGACAGCUGGGACAGCUCCACCGAGGCGUCCGGCCCGGAUGCCUUCCAGGGCCGCUGCAACGCCGGCUCCGGCUUCCUGCAGGAGCUCCAGGAGAAACACACCAGGCGCCACCAGGUCAACUAUUUGGCACGCAAAGAGCCCGAAGAGCUCCGCGCCAUCAUCCAGGAGGCCAAGUACCGCACGAGCGUCCAGUCGGCCAAGCUGAUUCGCCAGCUGAGGCGGCGAGACCGAUUGGUGAACAAACUGCAAAAGAACUACGACAUCAUCACCGCCUGCCUUCAAGCCGUCUCCAAGAAACGACGAGUGGACACGAGGCUGAAGUUCACCAUUGAACCUUCUGUUGGGAAGAACGGAUUCCAGCAGUGGUACGACGCCCUGAAAGCCGUGGCCAGACUUCCCACCGGCGUCCCCAAAGAAUGGCGGAAGCGGGUGUGGCUGACGCUGGCCGACCAAUACCUCCACAGCAUCUCCAUCGACUGGGACAAGACGCUGCGUUUCGCCUUCAACGAGCGCAGCAACCCGGACGACGACUCACUGGGCGUCCAGAUCGUCAAGGACCUGCACAGAACGGGUUGCAGUUCCUACUGCGGCCAGGAGGGGGAGCAGGACAGGGUGGUCCUGAAGCGGCUUCUGCUGGCCUACGCCCGCUGGAACAAGGCGGUGGGCUACUGCCAAGGCUUCAACGUGCUGGCCGCGCUCAUCCUGCUGGUGACGCAGGGAGACGAGGGCGACGCGCUGAAGGUUAUGAUCUACCUGAUUGACAAAGUGCUGCCCGAGAGCUACUUUGCCAACAACCUGCGGGCCCUGUCAGUGGACAUGGCGGUGUUCCGAGACCUGCUGCGCGUCAAGCUUCCCCGCCUGUCCCGACACCUGCACCGCCUGCAGAAGGCGGCCAAUAGGGAGGCGGGAGGAAGCUACGAGCCGCCGCUGACCAACGUGUUCACCAUGCAGUGGUUCCUCACCAUGUUCGCCACGUGCUUGCCGGCGCCCACCGUGCUCAAGAUUUGGGACUCGGUGUUCUUCGAGGGCUCCGAGGUGCUCUUCCGCGUGGCCCUCGCCAUCUGGGAGAGGCUGGGAGAGAGGAUUUUGUACUGCCAGACGGCCGACGACUUCUACAGCACGAUGGGUCGUCUGACGACGGAGAUGCUGGACCGCAACCUCAUCGAUCCUCCCGACCUCAUCCAGGAGGUUUACGGCAUGGCGGCCUUUCCGUUCCCUCAGCUGGCCGAGCUGAGGGAGAAAUACACGUACAACAUCACGCCUUUCCCGACCUCCGUCAAGCCGGCUGCAAGCGGCUGGGAGAGCGACGACGAGACGGCGCAGUUGGACGACGAAGACGCGGCGGCGUCGGCGCUCGGCUGUUUGGGGCCGCUGGGGGGGCUGCUGGCGCCGGAGAUCCAGCGAUACCAAAGGCACCUCAAAGACCAGGGCGACAUGGCCGAGCUGAGCCCGGGCGCGGUGGGGGGAGGAGCCAGGGCGGAGCACCAGGCGGCCAUCAACGGCAUGAUGAUGGAGCGCAUGAGCACCGACAUCCAGGCGCUCACCAAGCAGUACGCUCGCAUCAAGAGACGGCAGCGGCAGCAGGCCACGCAGCUUUGCAUACGCGCAGACAAGUGCGCCACCACCCGCGUCCUGCCGUCCCAACUCAACCCUUCCGGCGGCGCCAUCAAUCAUCUGCUUCUGGGCCGGAAGGCCCGGGGCGCUCCCGGCGGCGUCGGGGGCUCUGCGACCAGGCAGCUCUCUCCGUGGCGGGCUCACGUGCGAGCUCAUCGCAGGCACGCCGCCCAGCCCGGACCCAACUUGGGAGAUGGCGGCACGACGGAAGACGGAGCGGGUGGCGGCCCCUCCCCCGAGCGUGUGCCGGCGGCUGCCGCGGAGAGUGUCGCCACACGGGUGGAAGACUUGGAGGUCCGACUCAGCUCGGCGGUCCUGCGGGACGAACCUCAGAAGCCGCCUUGGGACGCCCCGCCCGCCCGGCUUCCGUCGGCGGCGGCGCGGGACGACUCGUCGAGUUCCGAGGGCGCCGAUGGACGUUCCUCCGCCCACCCCCCCUUUUCUCCACCUUCCGCCGCGAGCGCGUCACCGUCUCCAGUUUCCACGGUGACGCCCGAGCCGUCGUCAUCCCCCACGCCGCCUUCCACGCCGCCGCCCAAAUGCGCUCACCCGCUCGGAGGCUUCGGCCAAGCCUCCUCGCCGUCCCCCUCGUCCGUCGGGUCCUCGGCUCGAUCUUCGGCGCCGUCCUUCUCGCCGUUCCCGUCCGUCAAGCAGCCCAGGAAGUCGGCGGCGGCCCGAAACCUGGGUCUGUACGGCCCCACCUCCAGGACGCCGGCCGUCUGCUUCCCCCAGCUGAGCCGCAACUGUGGCGGCGGCGAUGGCACCACCAGGAGGCGCUGACAACUCUUUUGCCUGCCUGCCGGCCGGCCAGGCUCCUUCGGCGGUGCACAUCCACCCGGGCCGAGAAGCCGCCGACUCGUUUCUAUGCCGGACGCACGUCGAACCAAAAGCUCCACCCGCAACGCAAACGCAAAUAAACAAA